UUUUUUCUCUCUCUCUUUUUAUAGAAAAAAAUAUGGAAAGAACAAUGUUAUUAUGUCUGACAUAGUGAAACCAGACAAAUCUGUUUAUAAUGAAGGUCCUUUCAUUUAUGCAGACAUUCUGGAUUACAAAAACUUGCAGGAAAUUGUUGUGACUCAUCAAAUUGACUCUGUUGUUCACUUUAGUGCCUUACUGAGUGCCAUAGGGGAGAGUAACUUCCCCCUGGCAAUGAGAGUCAACAUUGAAGGGGUCCACAAUAUACUUGAACUGUGCAGACAGUACAGUCUGAAAUUGUUUCUUCCUAGUACAAUUGGUGCUUUUGGUCCUGACUCCCCUCGAAAUCCAACUCCUGAUCUAACAAUCCAGAGACCAAGGACCAUAUAUGGUGUUUCCAAAGUACAUAGUGAAUUACUUGGAGAGUACUAUUAUUAUAAAUUUGGUGUAGAUUUCCGAAGUCUUCGCUUCCCUGGAAUCAUAUCUGCAGAUAGCCACCCGGGUGGAGGAACAACAGAUUAUGCAGUACACAUAUUCCAUGAUGCUAUUUCUACAAAGAAAUUUGAAUGUUUCCUGAAACCCGACACAAGAUUGCCCAUGAUGUACAUUGAUGACUGCCUUGAGUCUGUAGUAAAAUAUAUGGCCACUCCAGCAGAUAAAUUAUCACUGAGAACUUAUAAUGUAAAUGCAAUGAGCUUUACACCAGCAGAGCUUGUGGAAGAAGUAAAGAAAUUUGUACCGGAUCUGGAGGUUACAUACAAACCAGAUGAUAGACAAGCCAUUGCCGAUUCCUGGCCAGAACGUUUUGACGACUCCCGAGCACGCAAUGACUGGAAUUGGUCUCAUAAAUAUGACCUGCAAGAAUUAUGCCAAGUUAUGUUUGAUCGCUUGAAAUUGAAACAAAAUCAUUAAUGGAGGCUGAUAUAGGUUAUUAAAAAACUACAUCUGCAAAAAAAAAAACAAAAAAAAUAUUUAAUCUUUCCAUUUAAUUUUGGUAAGAUUUGGUAUGAUUAAAAAAAAAAAUGCAGGUUUUAGAAAGUGCUGUACUUGAUUAAUUUGUACGAAGAAAAAAAUAUUUUAAUGAAGAGAAACUCGUGGGAUUGAUUAAAGGAUAUAUAUAUAUAUACUAAGAAAAGGUUGUACAAGUGUGUGCGUGAUUAUAAGAACCAAGUGGAAAUAUUCAAACGAUUUUAAUAUUUUAUGUUAGAAAUCAAUAUAUUUAACAAAUGAUAUGACUAUUUUUAAUAGAUUGAUCAGUAUUUUUUAUUUCUAAAUGGACCAGUGUAUAUUCAGAAAAAAAACAAAAAACAAAACACUCUUUCCAAUAGUAUUUUUGAUGUGGAUGUUGUUAGAUUUUUAAAAAGUAUUUCUUUUUCUCAAACACUCUUAAAGUAGCAUCACAAAUUAUUAAAGAAAACUGUUAAAUAUGUUGUUGGAAGAUGUCAUAGGAGCAGAGAUACUAUUUUUGUUGGAGGAUUUUUCACUUUUCUUGAAGUAUUUUUCAUUCUUUUUUUUAGCGCUUAUUAGAAUUAUUUCAAAUACUGUUUUGCUUCUUUUCUUUGUUCAGCAAUCCUUUUAAUCUUUUAAUCUUACCUUUUUUUUUUUUUUUUUUUUUUUUUGUUAAAUAAUAUUUAGUACAGUAAUCACUACUGACGUUGAAUGUAGGUUGACGGAUAUUAGUUAAUCUCUAACAAAAUUAUAGAACUCUAAUUAAUUUUUUUUGAUUUGAAAAUUAAUUACAUGUAAACUAAUUAAAGAAAAGAUCAAGCGACAACAGAAGUUUAUUUUCGUCUAACAGGUCUUAACAUUGCUAAAACGAAAAAUUUU